AUGGACGUUGAGGAAAAGGAGGACAAAUGUGAGUGGAUGGGAAUCGUUUAUCAAGAUGUUUGUUGGAUGUACUUCCUAAAAACAGAAAUCAAGGAGAAGAUGUGUGAAGUCCAAAUCCAAACCGAUAACAACAGCGUCCAUUCCAAACCAGUCACCGAUGUUAGGAAUACUCCCAGGAUCGACGAAUUACUUUGGGAAGAACCACACCGCAGGCAAGAAGUGACGGGUGAAGGAGUACAUUGCCUGUCAGCCCGUGUGAGAGAAUCUAGCAAGAACAACACAGAUGGUUCAUUUGUAGUUGCGAUGAUGUUGGAUUCGUAUUCACGUGUUCAACGACUGAGUAGUCCCCCUAACAAACAUAACUCGCUUUUCCUAAUCAGCAACUUGCGGGCACUGCAACUAGAGUUCACCAAAGCGACCAUGUGUAGUACGGAACUACCAAGUGAUCUCCGUACACUACCCUCUGAACUCUCUUCGACUCUUCGGACAACUGGGCACAUCGAGCCGUUAACACACGCACUAACUGUGUUGUUUAUCAACGCGCUAAUUAAUAUGUUGCUUCCGAUCAGCCUGCCCGUCCGCCUCACAGCCAUAUCCAGAGAAUAUCUCGUUCAGCAGAACCCCAUUGGCCAGUUAGUGAGCUGGGCAGCUGAAGAUCCCUUGUGUUCAGAGAAAAAUUGUCCCAAAGGCAUUGUGCAACGGAGAGGUAUGCGACUAGCGGUUCGAAAGAAAGAUCGCAAUGUACCUCCAAAAUUAGAUUUCCUCCGAGGAGCAAGCGGUAUGCUGGGUAUUCCAGACAGCUGUAGUGAAAUUUCAGCUCGCAAUUACAAGGACGAGCACAAAUUAAACUCACUCACAACUGUGCUUGCCAAAAGCGCCUGUAAUUUGCUUUCUGGAACACAUCAGGUUGAUGGUGAACAGAAGCCGCUGAAUAACAAGAACAACCCCAAACCGGGAGGCUUGUGGGCAAAAGCUUUGACCCUGCUCAUCAACUUGUGA